CGCUAUUUCAGAGCAUUUGAUGCGAUAUUUUGGUUAUUUUGGUCACAAUUAUUGCAAAACACUGUUGUUUUUGUGAUCAUUUUAUGGUUAUUUGCAAAUUAUUCUUCAUUUCAUUUGAUCCACUCGUGUGCCACACAUUCACUUCAAUUUGCGUUCAAUUAAUAAAUUAAUAAAAUGUCUCAUUUUAAGAGUGAAGUCAUUCAGAGACUAAGAUCGGACAUCCGGUCAAAACUGGACCAAAUCGGGGCGUUUGUAGACAAUGAAUUAGCGGAUUAUAUAAUGGUUUUGGUGGCCAACCAGAAGACCAAAUAUCAGAUGAAAGACGAUUUGUCGCUCUUCUUGGGCGCAGAGACGGACCAAUUCGUGAAUUGGUUGCACACGACUCUCAAACAACUGCAACUCAACGCCAACCCAAGCGACGACAAGAAAGUUGUGGCGAAUGAAGAGGAAGUGCAGACGAAAGAGAUGACCAAAAAGACGAGUUUAGACGCGAAUAAGAGUAAUGCCAAACAUAAAAGGACUAAAAGUGAUGGCAUUCAAGAAGACAAACCAGAAGUGGCGACAAAGAGUGUCAGUGAGAGUGAUGUUAAGGGAAACAGUGAACCGGAGAAGGGGUUGAUUCCACAGACCAAUGAUGUCGUGGAAUCCGAUGACAAUAAACUUGAAAAACAUGAACAAAACGAUAGCGAAGUUGUUCUGCGAUUGAAUCCCGACGGCGACGGAGAUGUCGACGAAUUACUGCAAGAAAGUGAUGUCAACGACAACCACAAAAUUGGUGCCAAGAAAGUAGAGACCAAACAAGAGGUGGCAAAAGAGGUGAAGAGUAUAAAAGCAACGCUUCCCAGACGACAACCACUGACUACAGCGCCCGUGUCUACCAUCGGAGCGGUUGUUCGCAGUAAACCUCGACCUGUCAGCAGUGAUGAUGAGGACAGUGCCAAAGAGUGCAACAGUCGACCAGUGGUGUCAUCGGUGGCCAGUGUUGUGCGGGUCACUCAACGCAAGCCAAGUGUUCCGCUCGCACUUCAGGCCAAUAAGAAUCUGUUGUUGAGAGCCAUGAAAGACGCUCACCAGUCGACCGCCAGGAAGCGGACCAUCGAUGAGGUGGCGGAGUAUACGCCCACUCCUAUCACUCCCAUCAAGAAACGUCUCGGAGAGAAGUCGGAGAUUGUGUUCACCGAUGAAGUGCAACCAGAUUUAGAUCCUCAGGAUUUGAGGAAUUACUUGAAUGUUGUUAAAACU